AAAGAGUUAAAACUGCACUAAUUGGAAAUAUCCCUUGUGCUCUGACAGCAUGUCUGGAGGAAGUCUCCUAUUUGCGGCUUACACAGUGCUCCUUCUUCUUCUUGUUCCUUCCUCUUGUUCCCAAACCGCUUCCAAUAAUAUUACAGCUGAUAACUCUGAUUGUAUCCGUUCUUGUGGAAAUAUUAACAUAAGCUAUCCAUUCCGAUUGAAAGGAGAAUCUAAACACUGCGGCAACAAAAGCUUCGAGCUAUCUUGUGAGGCCAAGGGAAAUGGUACUACUCAUCAUGCAGUGCUAUCCUUGUUUUCAGGAAAGUAUUAUGUACAAGCAAUCAAUUACAAUAACUUCACAAUCCGACUUGUGGAUGUUGGUGUUCACAAGAUCAAGGACAACUACUUCUCCCACCCACUCUUCUCCUUGACCCCCUUCAACUUUUCUUAUUACUCCGAUUAUACAGGUCCUCUUCCUGAGUAUUACCAUAUAGAAUCAUUAAUGUCUAUAAUCUUCCUGAGCUGUGAAAUUCCAAUGAAUCCUUCCGAUCUCAUUGUUGAAACAGCUCCAUGCAUCAGUGGGGUCAACAACUAUUCUUCUUCCAAUUCUUCUUUCUCCAAUUUAACAACAUAUUCUUAUUUCAUACAAUUUCGGUUUGGGUAUGGCUCUGAGAAUGACCGAAGUUUACACAAUUUGCUGGAUUCCUGCAAAAUAACACUAACGGUUAUGGUGUCCCCUUCAACUGAGGAGCACAUGACGUCUUGCAAAGGAAUAUAUAAUGAAAUAGCGCAUGGCUUUGAACUCUCAUGGGAACCUUGCAGUCCGAACAGCACCGCCAUUGCAGUUUCAUGCUCGCCAGAAGCACCCUGGUCAAGAGAAAUCCCUUGGUACAACGAGAUCAUAAUGCUCAUAAUCGAGAAAGUAGGAUACCGUAUUCACCCCAUAUAUGCGUUCUUAGGCUUUGACAGGCUUUUCUCUAUGGGUGGUUACAGAUUAUACCUUGGCCAGCUUCUGGGAUGUGCAGUCGCUCCCCUAGUACUAUACUUAGCAGCCAAAUUUACAAUUGGUUUUCCCUUUGUAACUGCACUGCUAAUAUAUAAAUGGCGAAGGAGGCACUUGUCAAUGUAUGAGAAUAUAGAAGACUUUCUACAGAGUAAUAAUAAUCUCAUGCCAAUAAGGUACUCUUACUCGGACAUCAAAAAGAUGGCAAGAGGUUUCAAGGACAAAUUGGGUGAAGGAGGCUAUGGCUCUGUAUACAAGGCAAAGCUCCGCAGCGGUCACCUUGUAGCCAUCAAGAUGUUAGGCAAGUCCAAAACUAAUAACGGCCAAGACUUUAUCAAUGAGGUUGCUACCAUUGGAAGGAUUCGUCAUGUUAACGUGGUGCGACUUAUUGGCUUCUGUGUUGAAGGUUCAAAACGUGCUCUUCUAUAUGAUUUCAUGUCUAAUGGGUCUCUUGAGAAAUACAUUUUUUCUCAACAAGGAGAUGUGUCUUUAAGUUGCCAUAAAAUAUUUGAAAUCGCACUUGGAGUGGCUCGUGGUAUUGAUUACCUCCAUCAAGGCUGUGACAUGCAAAUUUUGCACUUUGACAUCAAGCCUCACAACAUUCUUCUAAACGAGAAUUUUACUCCCAAGGUCUCUGAUUUUGGGUUAGCAAAGCUAUACCCAUUGGAUAAUAGCAUUGUAUCUUUGACUGCAGCAAGAGGAACCAUGGGAUACAUUGCUCCAGAACUGUUCUACAAAAACAUUGGAGGUGUUUCGUACAAAGCUGAUGUGUAUAGUUUCGGAAUGCUAUUGAUGGAAAUGGCUGGUAGAAGGAAAAACCUGAAUGCGGGUAUAGAACAAUCAAGCCAAUUUAGCCAAAUCUACUUUCCGACAUGGGUUUCUGAUCAGUUGAAGGCAGGAAAGGACAUAGAAAUAGGAGAUGAUGCAACAGAUGAGGAAAAGAAGAUCAUAAAGAAGAUGAUGAUGGUGGCUUUAUGGUGCAUACAAAUGAAGCCUAUCGAACGCCCUUCAAUGAAUAAAGUAGUGGAGAUGCUUGAAGGAGAAAUUGAGACCCUCCAAAUGCCUCCAAGGCCUUUCUUAUACCCACAACAAAUUCCUGCAGAUGAAGUUGGUGUGGACAAUCGAAGUCCCUGUGCAUCAAGUGCUUCAGAAUCUGAAGAGAUUACUUUGAUUGCGAAUGCAAAUUAAGUGAAUUAAUAUUAGUCACGAUGUGGAUCUAUGUAAGGGAAAGUUAGCAGCUCUACUCUGUAUUUGAUCAUAGCACAAAUAUGUUUACAUGUUGUAAUUGAUUUAAGCAAAUAAUCAGCCUCUGGCUUUGGUUAUUGUUUGAGAAA